AGAGCCGGGUGACGUCACUUCCGCCAGCCCCGCCGGCUUCUCAUUCUCUUUAGUGUUUGCCGUGUCCGUGCCUCCUUCCCGGUCUCCCGGUACCGACCCCCCUACCCCCCCAGCUCUGUAUGGACUAGAGAGCGUCUCCCAGCGCUGGGCCUGGACACAGCGGGACGGACAGCGACAAAAGUAACCUACAGCUCCACCCUGCACUGCACGCUAACACCCGGAGCCUCUGAUGGAAGUCAAUAUGUCUCAAGUUCAGAAUCCUUCUGCCUCCCUCCCAGGGAACCAUGUACUGAACAAGAACCAGCAAUCACCCAUCCACCAGAGUCUGAGCAACCCUCCCACUGCCAGCCCGCUGCCCUCUGAACACGCAGGGAGACCGCACCACAACUCUGCUUUACCGCCAUCCUCUGUCACAUCUGGCAGUGCUGCUGAAGUGUCUCCUAACAUGGCAAACCCCAAAGAGAAAACCCCAAUGUGUCUGGUAAAUGAGCUGGCGCGGUAUAACAAGGUUCAGCCUCAGUACAAGCUGCUUAGUGAACAGGGUCCGGCCCAUUCUAAGGUCAUCCCUCUAGGACGAUGGCAGGAUUACAGUCUUCUUGAGAGAGUGGGAGAAGAUCGCCCAAAACAAAUGUUCACUGUGCAGCUCACUCUUGGGGACCAGUACUGGGAGGCCGAAGGGACAAGUAUUAAAAAAGCCCAGCACGCUGCAGCCGCCAAAGCCUUGGAGGGGACGAAAUAUCCUAAGCCUACAGCCCGCCCUUCUCGCAGUGGGGGAAAAAAUAUAGACAGUAUAACUCCCACUGUGGAACUGAAUGCACUAUGUAUGAAGCUGGGACGGAAACCAAUCUACAAGCCCUUGGACCCUUACACAGGUAUCCGCUCCUCCUACAACUACAACAUGCCCCGAGGCAGCGGCGGCUACCCCCCACGGUACUUCUACCCAUUCCCAGUCACCCCCAUCCUCUACCAGGUUGAGUUGUCUAUAGGUGGCCAACAGUUUCAUGGUAAAGGCCGGACACGUCAGGCAGCCAAGCAUGAUGCAGCAGCGAAAGCCCUGAAGAGCCUCCAACAUGAACCCCUCCCCAAUAAACCCCAGGUUAAUGGAAAUACUGAUGAAGAAAAUCUGAAUAAAUCUGAGAUCAGCCAGGUGUUUGAAAUUUCACUUAAAAGGAACCUUCCUGUGAAUUUUGAGGUAACCAAGGAGUCGGGUCCUCCACACAUGAAGAGCUUCAUCACUAAAGUGUCGGUCGGGGAGUUUAUGGGAGAAGGAGAAGGGAAGAGUAAGAAAGUGUCCAAGAAAAAUGCCGCCAUUGCCGUUCUGGAAGAACUGAAGAAGCUGCCACCGCUGCCUACUGUGGAGAAGAUGAAACCUCGCAUCAAAAAGAAAACAAAGUCCAUUGUAAAGCUCCCCACCAGCCCUGAGUACGGCCAGGGCAUGAACCCCAUCAGCAGACUGGCUCAGAUACAACAAGCUAAGAAAGACAAGGAGCCAGAAUACUGCCUGGUGACGGAGCGAGGCCUUCCCCGGCGCCGGGAGUUUGUCAUGCAGGUUAAGGUUGGGAACCUGACCGCUGAGGGACUGGGGGCAAAUAAGAAAGUGGCCAAACGAAAUGCCGCUGAAAAUAUGUUGGAACUUCUUGGUUUCAAAAUCCCUCCUGCUCCUCCCAAACCAGCUUUGAAAACUGAGGAGAAAACACCUGUGAAGAAACCAGGAGAUGGGAGGAAGGUGACAUUCUAUGAGCCUGGCACUGGGGACGACACCGCUAACAAUAAUAAAGAUGAUGAGUUUCGGAUGCCAUAUCACAGUCAUCAGCAACUGCCGGCUGGAAUCCUGCCUAUGGUUCCUGAAGUAGCGCAAGCUGUGGGAGCCAAUCAGGGACUUCACACCAAAGAGUUUAGCAGGGUGACUCCUAACCCAGCUAUCGCAACUGUGACGGCCAUGAUUGCACGAGAGCUGCUUUAUGCUGGCACCUCCCCCACUGCAGACACCAUCUUGAAGAAUAACAACAACACAACUGCACAUGUACUGCACGGCCCGCUGACCCGGCCCUCCGAGCAGCUGAAAUACCUGUCCAGUGUACAAGGGAUCCAGGUUGAAUAUAAAGAUUUCCCGAAGAAUAACAAAAAUGAGUUUGUGUCUCUUAUAAACUGCUCCUUUCAACCACCACUAAUAAGCCAUGGUGUGGGGAAAGACGUGGAGUCGUGUCACGACAUGGCUGCUUUGAAUAUCUUGAAAUUGUUAUCUGAAAUUGACCAGCAGAAUGCAGAGGUGCCGCGACCGGUGAACGGACCAAUGUCAGUGUGUGGGAAACCAGAAAUGGAAAGUGAACCCCUCCUGACAACCUCCAGUGCGCUGGGACAAACGGUGAACAGUACGGCCUGAGGCGAUCACAUGACCGCUCUUUUAUAAACGCUGCCGCCUUUGUUUUUUUACAAUUUGUUUGUCCCCAGAAAAUUUCAAAGUACAAAAUCAGAUUUUUAAUUAAUUUUUUUUUUUCUCUGAAACAUUUCAUGAAUAGGUCAUAGCCUCAUGUGUGGCAGAGACAGUCAUUAUGUUAGGAUUUUUUUUAAUGGCUUUUGUGGUGAAAUCAGUUUAAUUUUUAUUUUUUUUGCUGAGCCCUAAAAUGAAGAAGAAAUGUGAUGACUUGUAGUUUGAUUUGCACCCUGGGCAGUGUUUAUGUGGCCGCGGUUCAGGAUCCAACCCCAUUACUGGAUUCAUUAACCUUCCAUGUGCUUUCCACCACAACGUCUCCAUGUGGGGCUGAAGAAAUGCCUCUGUCUCUUUAAGCAACGUUGCUAGAUGUGUGAAUUGCGUGCUGCCCUUGCCGUACGCACAGUACGUUAUUGUCUAUUUAAAGCUCGACGCGUCCAGUAUCGCUUGAGGUCAUUGUUUACGCUGGAAUUUUUUCUCCCCAUGGAAUGUAAGUUACUAGUGUUUGUCACAAGAAAUUAAAAAAAAUAC